GGAUUUCCAAGUAUCGCGCAUGCGCCCGAAGUAGGCUCCCUAAGCAAGAUGGCGGCGGAGAGCUGCUGAGGGAGUUGCAGUGAGGGAAGGAAGGGGGCGGUGACGGCCGCAGGUAGGACUACGGGGAAGGCAAAGGCCGGCGAAAGUCUGAUACCGAUUGGAGCAAGAAUCGUGCCGAGCGGGGAGGAUUUCUCGCUCACUGUACUCUUCGGAAAUGCGGGGUCAAGGUGGCGGGACAAGGGAUACUAUUACCCCUUUUGCCCGCUGUCCCCACCGCUUGUAAGCAGUGUCCCGUAGGGCCUGCCUGGCGCCCCGGAUGUGUGGGCGGUCAUCUCCUGGUUCCUUGGUGGGGCCGAGUCCCCCGAGCACCGGCCGCGACGGAGGCGGCGGCAGAGUUCGGGGAGCUGCGGAGGCUGCGGCGCCGUUGGGUGUGGAGUGCGACGAAGUGGGCAGAUAUCAUAUUGUAUGGAGGCAGAGGGAAUCUAACUUUUGUUCUUCAGAAGCAGCCGCCAGAGAAAAAGACACAAAGCCACACAGGAGAUGCCUUGAUGUGAAUCUAACAGCCCUGCAAAAUAGAGGCUGUAGGGGAAGAUGAGGUCCUGGGGUAGCCCAGAAUGGCUGCAGUGUCAUAUGAUCAGUUGUUAAAACAAGUAGAGGUGUUAAAAAUGGAGAACUCAAAUCUUCGACAAGAACUGGAAGAUAAUUCAAAUCAUCUUACAAAACUGGAAACUGAAGCAUCUAAUAUGAAGGAGGUAUUGAAGCAAUUGCAAGGAAGUAUUGAAGAUGAAGCAAUGGCUUCAUCUGGUCAGAUUGAUUUGCUGGAACGUCUUAAAGAACUGAAUUUGGAUAGCAAUAACUUCCCUGGAGUGAAGCUGAGGCCAAAGAUAUCCAUGCGUUCAUAUGGAAGCAGAGAAGGAUCAGUUUCCAGUCGAUCAGGUGAAUGCAGCCCUGUUCCCAUGGGAUCAUUUCCCAGAAGAGGUUUUAUGAACGGAAGUAGAGAAAGCACUGGUUAUCUAGAAGAACUAGAGAAAGAAAGAUCUCUUUUGCUUGCUGAGCUUGAAAAGGAAGAAAAAGAAAAAGACUGGUAUUAUGCUCAGCUUCAGAAUUUGACUAAAAGGAUAGAUAGUCUUCCUCUUACUGAAAAUUUUUCAUUGCAGACUGACAUGAAUAGAAGGCAAUUGGAAUAUGAGGCAAGACAGAUCAGAGCUGCCAUGGAAGAACAACUUGGUACAUGUCAGGACAUGGAGAAGAGAGCACAGGUGCGAGUAGCUAGAAUUCAACAAAUUGAGAAAGAUAUUCUACGUAUAAGACAGCUAUUGCAAUCCCAGGUUGCUGAGCCAGAGAGAACAGCUCCAAGCAAGCAUGGUGCAAGUUCACAUGAAUCUGAAAGGCAAAAUGAAUGUCAAGGAGCAGCUGAAAUUAUUGUGGCAACUGCUGGCAGUAGCCAGAGUUCAACUGCUCGGAUGGACCAUGAAACAUCCAGUGUUAUGAGUUCUAAUAGUAAUUACUCUGUUCCUCGAAGACUCACAAGUCAUUUGGGUACCAAGGUUGAAAUGGUGUAUUCACUGCUGUCAAUGUUGGGCACUCAUGAUAAAGAUGAUAUGUCACGAACAUUGCUAGCCAUGUCUAGCUCCCAGGAUAGCUGCAUAGCUAUGCGCCAGUCUGGAUGUCUUCCUCUUCUCAUUCAACUUUUGCAUGGCAAUGAUAAAGACUCUGUGUUGUUGGGCAACUCUCGUGGAAGUAAAGAGGCUCGUGCCAGAGCCAGUGCAGCACUACAUAAUAUCAUUCAUUCCCAGCCUGAUGAUAAACGAGGCAGACGAGAAAUACGUGUUCUCCAUCUUCUAGAACAAAUCCGAGCUUACUGUGAAACUUGUUGGGAAUGGCAGGAAGCACAUGAUCAGGGCAUGGACCAAGAUAAAAAUCCAAUGCCAGCUCCAGUUGACCAUCAGAUCUGUCCUGCAGUAUGUGUUUUAAUGAAGCUUUCAUUUGAUGAAGAGCAUAGGCAUGCAAUGAAUGAACUUGGGGGUUUACAAGCCAUUGCAGAAUUGCUACAGGUAGAUUGUGAAAUGUAUGGGCUUACUAAUGACCAUUAUAGUGUCACAUUAAGACGAUAUGCUGGAAUGGCUCUGACAAAUUUAACUUUUGGAGAUGUAGCCAAUAAGGCUACUUUGUGUUCUAUGAAGGGUUGCAUGAGAGCUUUAGUAGCACAGUUAAAAUCUGAAAGUGAAGAUUUGCAGCAGGUUAUUGCAAGUGUUUUAAGAAAUUUGUCUUGGCGGGCAGAUGUGAAUAGUAAGAAGACACUACGAGAGGUUGGGAGUGUGAAAGCACUGAUGGAAUGUGCUUUGGAAGUUAAAAAGGAAUCUACGCUGAAAAGUGUAUUGAGUGCCUUAUGGAAUCUAUCAGCACAUUGCACUGAGAAUAAAGCUGAUAUAUGUGCAGUGGAUGGUGCUCUUGCCUUUUUGGUUGGCACACUGACUUACCGAAGUCAAACAAAUACUUUAGCCAUCAUUGAAAGUGGAGGGGGAAUUCUUCGUAAUGUGUCUAGCUUGAUUGCUACAAAUGAGGACCAUAGGCAAAUACUGAGAGAGAAUAACUGCUUGCAAACCCUCUUACAUCAUUUGAAGUCUCACAGUUUGACAAUAGUCAGUAAUGCAUGUGGAACCUUGUGGAACCUGUCUGCACGGAAUGCAAAGGACCAGGAAGCGUUAUGGGACUUGGGAGCAGUCAGUAUGCUCAAAAAUCUCAUACAUUCGAAGCACAAAAUGAUAGCCAUGGGGAGUGCUGCAGCUCUAAGAAAUUUAAUGGCAAACAGACCUGCAAAAUACAAAGAUGCUAAUAUUAUGUCUCCAGGUUCAAGCUUGCCAUCUCUUCAUGUCAGAAAGCAAAAAGCACUGGAAGCAGAAUUAGAUGCUCAACAAUUAUCUGAGACUUUUGACAACAUUGAUAAUUUAAGUCCCAAAACAUCUCACCGCAAUAAGCAAAGACAUAAACAGAAUCUUUACAGUGAAUAUGUUUUGGAUGGUAAUCGCCAUGAAGAUGGAGUGUGCAGAUCAGAAAACUUUAACAGUGGAAAUGUGACUGUACUUUCACCAUAUUUAAAUACUACAGUAUUGCCUGGCUCCUCCUCAUCAAGCAGAGGAAAUACAGAGAAUUCUCGUUCUGAAAAAGAACGGAGUUUAGAUAGGGACCGUGCAGUGGGAUUGAACAGCUACCAUACCACAGCAGAAAAUUCUGGCAACUCUUCUAAACGAAUAGGAAUGCAAAUUUCUACUGCUGCUACUCAGAUUUCAAAAGCAAUGGAGGAAACAGCAAAUAUGCACAUAUCACAAGAUGAAAGAAGCAGUGGAUCCAUAACAGAAAUUCACAGUUUGUCAGAAGACAGAAAUGCUUUAAGAAGAACUUCUACUGCUCACUCUCACACAAGUAGUUAUAACUUUCCAAAAUCUGAGAACAGGGCAUGUUCUGUACCAUAUUCAAAAGUAGAGUAUAAAAGAGCUUCUAAUGAUAGUUUAAACAGUGUCAGUAGCAGUGAUGGGUAUGGCAAAAGAGGACAAAUGAAGCCUAUAGAAUCUUAUUCUGAAGACGAAGAAAGUAAAUUUUGCAGUUAUGGACAAUAUCCUGCUGAUUUAGCUCAUAAAAUACACAGUGCUAAUCAUAUGGAUGACAAUGAUGGAGAACUGGAUACUCCAAUAAACUAUAGUUUGAAAUAUUCUGAUGAACAGUUGAAUUCUGGAAGGCAGAGCCCAUCUCAGAAUGAAAGAUGGGCAAGACCUAAGCAUGUAAUAGAAGAAGAAAUAAAGCAGAAUGAGCAAAGGCAAUCCAGAAGUCAAAGUGGAGCAUAUCCUGUAUAUCCUGAGAGUGGUGAUAAUAAACACCUAAGUUAUCAGUCAGCUUUUGGACAGCCAGAAUGUGUAUCUCCUUUCAGAUCAAGAGAAUCCAGUAAUUCAGAACAAAACCGAGUAGGAUGUAAUCAUGGAAUAAAUCCCAAAGUCAAUCAGUCCUUGUGUCAGGUGGAUGAUUAUGAGACUGAUAAACCUACAAAUUAUAGUGAGCAUUAUUCUGAAGAGGAACAGCAUGAAGAAGAAGAUCAUCCAACUAAUUACAGCAUAAAAUACAAUGAAGAGGUGCACCAUGUGGAUCAGCCAAUUGAUUACAGUCUUCGAUAUUCAACAGAGGUUCCUCCUGCACAGAAACCAUCUUUUUCAUUUUCAAAAACUCCAUCGGUACAGAGUACUAAAACAGAUCAUAUUUCAUCAAGCAGUGGAAAUACGUCAUCUUCUGCUGCGUCAAAAAAACAUAACCAACUUCAUCCAAAUUCUGCUCAGAAUAGGGCUAAUCAUACUCAGAAGCCUACAUCCUGCAAAGCAUCUUCCAUUAACCAGGAAACAAUACAAACUUACUGUGUAGAAGAUACACCAAUAUGUUUUUCAAGAUGUAGCUCUCUAUCAUCUUUAUCAUCAGCUGAAGAUGAAACAGGACGUGAUCAUUCCACACGGGUAGCUGAUGCUGAUAACUUUCUGAAGAUAGUUGGAAUGAAAGAAAACAGUGGGAAUCUGUCAACAGCAGUAACAACUAAUGAAACCUCAUUAGCUUCCCAGCAUCUUAGAACAAAAUCAAAUAGACUUCAGACUUCCACUGUAUCUUCGUCUGAUUCAGCAAGACAUAAAGCUGUUGAGUUUUCUUCGGGUGCCAAGUCUCCUUCAAAAAGUGGUGCCCAGACUCCCAAGAGCCCACCAGAACAUUAUGUACAGGAGACUCCACUCAUGUUUAGCAGAUGUACCUCUGUGAGUUCCUUGGAUAGUUUUGAGAGCCGUUCAAUUGCUAGCUCUGUUCAAAGUGAGCCAUGUAGUGGGAUGAUAAGUGGUAUAAUAAGCCCAAGUGAUCUUCCAGAUAGUCCUGGGCAGACAAUGCCACCCAGCAGAAGUAAAACACCACCACCUACCCAAGUGCCCCAAGUAAAGAGAGAAGCAGCCAAAGCAAAAGUAUCCAACACUGAAAAGAGAGAAUCUGGACCAAGACAAACAACUGUAAAUACAGCUGUUCAAAGGGUGCAGGUAAUGCAAGAUGCUGACACUUUGUUACACUUUGCAACAGAAAGUACACCAGAUGGAUUUUCUUGUUCAUCAAGUCUGAGUGCUUUGAGUCUUGAUGAACCAUUUAUACAGAAAGAUGUAGAAUUGAGAAUAAUGCCUCCUGUGCAUGAAAAUGAUAAUGUAAACGAAGCAGAACUUGAACAAUCAAAUGAUACAAAGGAUAACAUAGAAAAAGAUACAAAAGAAUCCACUGAAAUAGAGAAAGAUAUUCUAGAUGAUUCAGAUGAAGAUGAUAUUGAAAUAUUGGAGGAGUGUAUUAUUUCUGCUAUGCCAACUAAGUCUUCACGUAAAGCCAAAAAGCCUUCGCAGGUAACUGCUUCUAAAAUACCUCCACCUGUAGCCAGAAAACCAAGCCAUUUGCCUGUAUAUAAACUUCUUCCUUCUCAGAGCAGAUUACAUUCCCAAAAGCAUGUUACAUUUACCCCUGGUGAUGACAUGCCACGUGUUUAUUGUGUUGAGGGAACACCAAUAAAUUUUUCAACAGCUACAUCUCUGAGUGAUCUAACAAUAGAAUCACCUCCAAAUGAACUGGCCAGUCCAGGGAUUGCUGUUUCAGGAAUAGAAUCAGCUGAAAUUGAAAAGAGGGAUACAAUUCCCACAGAAGGAAGAAAUACGGAAGAUGCUCAAAGGGGAAAAAGCAGCUCUACUGUUGGGUUGAAUGAUGACAAAACAGAAGAAGGUGAUGAUAUUCUUGCAGAAUGUAUUAAUUCUGCUAUGCCAAAAGGGAAAAGUCACAAACCUUUCAGAGUGAAAAAGAUAAUGGAUCAGAUCCAGCUAGUAUCUACAUCAUCCUCAAUAAAUACUAAAAAUCAACUAGAAAUAGAGAAAAAGAAACCAACAUCACCAGUAAAGCCUAUGCCACAAAGCAAUGAGUACAGAGCACGCUUAAGAAAAAAUGUAGAAUCAAAAAAUAAUUUUAGUAAUGAAAGAAAUGAUAAUAAAGAGACAAAGAAGCAGACUCUUGAAAAUAAUUCAAAUGAUAAACUUCCAAAUAAUGAAGAGCGUACAAGAGGAAGCUUUGCAUUUGAUUCUCCCCACCACUACACUCCAAUUGAAGGAACCCCAUAUUGUUUUUCUCGAAAUGACUCUUUGAGUUCCUUGGAAUUUGAUGAUGAUGUAGAUCUUUCAAAAGAAAAGGCAGAGCUGAGAAAGGGGAAAAACAAUGAAAUUGAAGCCAACUCCAAUACAGAAUAUAUUUCAAAUCAGCAAUCAGUCACUGGACCACAAGCUGGCCAAAAGCAUUCUUCAACUGGAAGAAAUCAACCCAAACCUUUGGGGCAAAACCAGACACCUUUUUGUCCAUCAGCCAAAGACAUUACGUCUACGGAGGAAAAAACACAAAAUUUUGCAAUAGAAAAUACACCUGUUUGUUUCUCUCGUAAUUCCUCUCUCAGUUCUCUCAGUGAUAUUGAUCAGGAAAACAACAAUAGCAAAGAAAAUGAACCUGUAGAACAAAUAGAACCACCUGAGAAACACAUUGAAUCAACUAGAGCACCAGUUUCUGGAUAUGCUCCUAAAUCGUUUCAUGUGGAAGAUACACCUGUAUGCUUUUCAAGGAACAGUUCCCUUAGUUCUCUUAGUAUUGAUUCAGAAGAUGAUCUUUUGCAGGAAUGUAUUAGUUCAGCCAUGCCUAAAAAGAAAAAGCCAUCAAGGUCAAAGGGGGAUAGUGAAAAACUUAGUGCUAGAAACAUGGGAGGCAUUUUAGCAGAAGAUCUCACAUUAGAUUUGAAAGAUAUACAAAGGCCUGAUUCAGAGAAUGGUUUCUCACCCGAUUCAGAGAACUUUGACUGGAAAGCUAUCCAAGAAGGUGCAAAUUCUAUAGUUAGCUGUUUACAUCAAGCUGCUGCAGCAGCAUCUCUAUCUAGACAAGCUUCAUCAGAUUCAGAUUCAAUCCUUUCAUUAAAAUCAGGAAUUUCCUUAGGAUCACCAUUUCAUCUUACACCAGAUCAAGAAGAAAAACCUUUUACUUCUAAUAAGGGUCCAAGAAUUAUUAAACCAGGAGAGAAGAGUACACUGGAAAAUAAGAAAAAUGACUGUGAAAAUAAAGGAAUUAAAGGAGGAAAGAAAGUUUAUAAAAGCAUGAUUACAGGUAAAGCUCGUUCUAAUUCUGAACUUACAAGUCAUUUGAAACAGCCUUUGCAAACAAAUAUGCCCUCUAUUUCCCGAGGAAGAACAAUGAUUCAUAUUCCUGGAGUUCGAAAUAGUUCUUCAAGUACAAGUCCAGUUUCUAAAAAAGGACCACAACUAAAGAAUACAGCAUCCAAAAGUCCUAAUGAAAGCCAAAGUUCUACUAGCUCUCCAAGAGUUGUCAAACCACCUAUGAAAUCUGACCCAAGCCCUAUAUCUAGACAGCCAUCUCAACAGGGCAUUUCAAGUAAAGGACCUUCUAGAUCAGGAUCUAGAGAUUCUACACCUUCUAGACCACAACAACAACCAUUAAGUAGGCCUCUGCAGUCUCCUGGCAGGAACUCAAUUUCACCAGGUAGAAAUGGCAUAAGUCCUCCCAAUAAGCUUUCCCAGCUGCCAAGAACAGCAUCACCAAGUACAGCUUCCAAUAAGUCAUCAGGUUCAGGAAGAAUGGCAUAUACAUCACCAGGCAGACAAAUGAACCAGCAAACCGUAGCAAAACAAACAGGAUUGCCUAAAAGUACUAGUGGAAUUCCUAGAAGUGAAUCUGCCUCAAAAGGAUUAAAUCAAAAUUCUAAUAUCAGUGGAUCAAAUAAAAAGACUGAGUUAUCUAGAAUGUCAUCAGCCAAAUCAAGUGGGAGUGAAUCUGACCGAUCAGAGAGACCUGUUUUAGUACGUCAGUCAACUUUUAUUAAAGAAACCCCAAGUCCUACUUUAAGAAGGAAAUUAGAAGAGUCUGUCUCCUUUGAAUCUUUGUCACCUUCUAGACCAGACUCUCCAACCCAGUCCCAAACACAGACUCCAGUUUUAAGUCCAUCGCUUCCUGACAUGUCUUUAUCUGCUCACUCAGCCAUCCAAGCCAGUGGUUGGAGAAAAUUACCUCCCAACCUGAGUCCAUCUUUAGAAUACAAUGAUGGGAGGCCAACAAAACGGCAUGACAUAACUCGAUCUCAUUCUGAGAGUCCAUCCAGAUUGCCAAUUAACAGAUCAGGAACAUGGAAGCGUGAACACAGUAAACAUUCUUCAUCACUUCCUCGUGUAAGUACUUGGCGAAGGACAGGAAGUUCUUCCUCAAUUCUUUCAGCUUCUUCAGAAUCUAGUGAAAAGGCAAAAAGUGAAGAUGAAAAGCAGCAUGUAACUUCUUUUUCUGGACUCAAACAAGGUAAAGAAAAUCAAGCACCAACCAAAGGGACUUGGAGAAAAAUAAAGGAAAAUGAAAUUCCUCAAAUAAUGACAAGUCCUCCUCAGAAUAUCUCACCUAGUCCCACCAAUGGUGCUGAUUCAAAAACUCUAGUUUAUCAGAUGGCCCCUGCGGUCUCUAAAACAGAGGAUGUAUGGGUGAGGAUUGAGGACUGUCCUAUUAAUAAUCCAAGGUCUGGAAAAUCUCCAACAGGAAAUACUCCCCCCAUUAUUGACAGUGGUUCAGAGAAAAGUAGUAUAAAUAGCAAAGAUUCAAAAGAUCUUAAUGGAAAACAAAAUACCGGAAAUGGAAAUGUCCCUAUUCGCACCAUGGGUUUAGAAACCCGAUUGAAUUCAUUUAUCCAAUCUGAUGGUCCAGACAAGAAAGGAACUGAAACUAAAAUUGUUCUAAGCAGCUCUACAGCUGCCCCAGAGACUAGUGAAAACACUCUGACUGAGCGCACACCAUUUAGUUCUAGCAGCUCAAGUAAACACAGCUCACCAAGUGGUGCUGUUGCAGCACGUGUGACGCCUUUUAACUAUAAUCCAAGCCCCAGAAAAAGUAGUGUAGAUAACAGUUCUGUUCGACCAUCGCAGAUACCAACACCAGUAAAUAACAGUACAAAAAAACGAGACUCAAAAACUGAAAGUACAGAUUCGAGUGGUGCACAAAGCCCUAAGCGCCAUUCAGGGUCUUAUCUGGUGACUUCUGUUUAAUGGGAAAUUAACAAUGUAUUGAUUUAUGUGAAUUUUUAAAAAAUAAAGCAGCAAAAUUGUGGUUAGCCCCUCUUUUUUUUGUAAAUAGGUUUGAUUCUUGUAGAGGGUUCUUGUUCUGGAAGCCAUAUAUAAUAUUCUUUGUCUUCACUAAUAUUUGAGGGAUUCCCAAUUGAUAAUUUAGCAAUAAAAUUGCUAAAAUAAUUAUAUUUGUACAGUAUAUUUUACAUAUAUUUAAUUAACAUCCCAUACCUUUAUAAUUGUUUUGAUGGGUUGGGGGAAUUUAGAAAGAUGAAAAACAGAUUAAAAUAAAUAAUUCUAUUAAUAUAUCACUCACUUCUAGAGUUGCAAAAUGGCUAAAUAACUUCAGGGAAAAAUUGGUAUUUAUGCCAAAAAAACCUCCACCUUAGUAUUUGUGAAGCCACUAACCUUUUAAUUAAUCAUGUGGCUGUGAAAUUCACAGUAAUAUGGUUUCUGCUGAACAAGCCUUUUUAUUCCUGCAUGGAUAGAACUGAUGGUUCAUUUUCUGAAAUGAUAAUUAACAUUUCUGUGGUCACCAUAAUGUGCAUAGAUAGUUAUAGUGAGAUGAAUACAUUUUGGUUUUUGUGCUCUGCAAAAAAGAAAAAAAGAAAAAAAGGACAUCUGUGUAUGUGUAAACCUUGAACAAAAUUAUUUUACCAGAACUAGAUUUUAACUGACAGUAGGUAGGAUUUUUGCUAUGCUGUAACUUGUUGUAUAUUCUGGUAUUUGAGGUAAGAUGGCUGCUCUUUUAUUAAUGAGGCACAGGUGAAGAAGUCUCAACAAAACUAAAUGACAGAAUAAAUUAUUGCUGUAUGUA